AUGAUGAUCAGUCCUCUGCAAGCCAAAUUAUUGCAUCAAUUGGUAUGCAUAUUCAAACCUUGUCGAGUACUUGAAAUUGGUGGUUUCACCGGAUAUUCAGCUAUUGCGAUGGGAUCCGCAUUAUCACUAUCUUCGCCCAACGCCAAAUUGAUAUCAUUAGAAAGUAACAUAGAGCAUAUAAGAUUAGCCAGUUGUUAUGUACAGAAGGCGAAACUGAGUAGCGUAAUUAGUUUUAUUGCAGGUUCUGCAGAAGACAGCAUAGAAAAAUUGCAUGAAAUGCAACGAGGAAAACAUGAAAUGUUUGAUUUUAUUUUUCUAGAUGCGAACAAAAACGCGUAUACGAACUACUUCGAUCUAAUUAUGCGAUAUGAUCUCUUGAGUGAUAACGGCAUCAUGAUUGUUGAUAACGUGUUACAUUGGGGUCAGGUACAUAAGGAAGCCGGAUAUGAAGAAGCUGCAAACCGGCAAAAGAUCAGUAAAAAUGUGAGAAAAGUAGCGUCGAAGGUGCAUAAAUUCAAUAAGCAUGUUAAAGAAGACCCAAGGGUCGACGUGGUAAUACUUCCUUUAUUUGAUGGUUUAUCUAUUAUUCGGAAAAAACAUGUGUCAUAA